CUCGCGGAUAGGACGAACGACGCGCGCCAUGGCCGUCCCAUGGACUCUGCUGUGGAUUCUGGGUCUGAUCUGCUCUUCGGACUCCGGCUGCUCGCCGACGUCUUACUACAAGAGCUGCUGGAUCCGCAGGUAUCCGGGACUGUACGUGGACAUCGAGGAGUCUCAGCGCAGAGGAGCGCACGUCUUGAAGCUUUAUCAGGAGGAGUCUGCGCUGAAAUGCAGCAGAGCCUGCUGCCUCACGCGAAACUUCUCCUGCAACCUGGCUGUGUUUCAUUUCAACACCACUCAGGACAGCGUGAACUGCUUUCAUCUUCAGUGUCCGAACCUUGAGAGCUGCAUUCCUCACCACAGAGGAAAUGUCAUCCUCUACAACGUCACUAAAGGUGUGGAUCCUGACCUGUUGGUUUUCGGGAAGUACUUCACCACCAAUGUGCGCGUGCUGCCUCACAUGUCUUCCUCACGGCUCAAUAUUUCAGAGCCGCUGACCUCUGACAAGCGUCAGUUCAACUAUCCACCCAACCAGCCCAUCCGUUCCAUCACAACCCCCCAACAAACUACUCAAGCCGAUCCUACUGCGCAUCAAGUACAACAUACCCUCCCUCGAUGUACUACAAUACAGGCUACAACUGCUCAAAGCACGUCAGAACGCGUCAUAUCAACUACGCCAGAGCCUAAAAUCGACUCUACACUCAAUCCCCAACAGAUGAUGUCUACGUCACAGCGGGCUUCGAUAAACCCGCGUCAUACAACCACCUCUCCAACGGGCGAAACUGAUACAACCACUGAUACUUCAAACCAGAGAAAACCAACCCCCCCACCUUUUCAUUUAACCACAGCCCACCCAAGUUCUGAAACUGACUACUUUGACUCUACUUUGACCUCCAUACCAAUCGACAAAGCUCUACGUUCCUCAACUACCCGACGGACUUUGGGAGAAAAAAAUACAGCCAUGCAGAACCAUGCAGAAGAUGCUUCUGAAACUCUUUUCAACCACUUUGAGAUGGCUUACAAAGUCGUUGGAGAGUCUACACAAUCUUCAAGCUCCUCAACCACUUUGGGACUAAAAACAUCAGCUCUGGAGAAUACAAAGUCGUUGGAGACGGCUUCAGAAAAGUCUACGCAAUCUUCAAGCUCCUCAACCACUUUGGGACUAAAAACAUCAGCUCUGGAGAAUACAAAGUCGUUGGAGACGGCUUCUGAAAAGUCUACACAAUCUUCAAGCUCCUCAACCACUUUGGGACUAAAAACAUCAGCUCUGGAGAAUACAAACUCUUUGGAGACGGCUUCUGAAAAGUCUAUGCAAUCCUCAAGCUCCUCGACUACUUCGGGACUAAAAACUACAGGUUUGCAGAAUACAGACUCUUUGGCGAUGGCUUCCCAAGACCCUGUGCAAUCUUUGAGUUCCUCAACUACACAACAGUCUUUGGGAUUACAAACAUCAACCGUACAGACUACAAACUCUUUGGCUUCUCAAAAGUCCAUGCAAUCUUUUACCAAGAUAUUGACAAGCACCCGAACUACAGAGCAAGCUACUUCGCUUUAUACGUCCAAGUUGGACCAGUAUCCAAAAACUACAGUGCAAACAACUGUUAUUGAUACCCGGACGCAUGCACUGUUACAAUCUGAAAUGCCAACUACCACAAAACCCUUAAUUUCUGCAAACGUUCCCUUAAAGGCAUCAACCCAAAUUACAGUUGCACAUAAGACAAUACAAGCUCAAAGCACAAAUGGGACUAAAACGAGCUCUAUACCCUAUCAGACAACUAUUACAAAGUGGACAACCACAGACCCUUUACAAGCCUCAACACAAACCCCCCCUGCAUAUAAGACCUCGACAUGGCCUUCACAAACUCCAACCCGAACAACUACUCUAUCCCAACCUAAAGAGACAACCAGCAGCAACACAAGAACCUUACAGAUCUCAACCAUCACGAAUCCCACAAUCACCACUGGUGGUUCUACAAACCCCAGGCACCUGACCCUAAGUUUCACCCACACUCGAACGGGCAACUUCGCAACCACCGGUAGUUUGAGUUCUUCUCUAACCGCCCCAACUAGCAGCAUGGUGGACAGUCAACCGUACCCCAACGACACGAAGGGCUACAUCAGUCGGAACAUCACUACAGGGGACACACCUCGACCAGGCGGGGACGGAAACUUGAUGUCAGUGUGGCAUUUGGCGGCCAACACUGUACUGGUGGCUUUAGCGACCUGCGCUACCAUCACGUUCUGCUGCUGUUGUUCGGUCUUCGCUGCUCUGAGCUGGAGAGGCCGGAGGCGUCGGAAGGGCAGGUACAGGACAAAUCUGAGAUGCAAAAGAGGAUCAAUGAGACUCAUCAAAUACGUCAUCGUAAGAGAAAGUUCGUAAAGCUGGGUUCUUCACAUCUGGCACUGGGUAGGGUUGCACCAGCCGUUCGUAAGUUCUUUCUUACAGUACAUUGGGACAUAAAAGUACACACUAGAGGCUUAGCUACUAGCUACUUUGUAACUCUACUUUAUUUGGUUGCACGAUUAAGGCAGAAUGCAGCAAGUAGGUCGUAAGCUCUCUGUAAAGUAAUGCACUGGAUUGAAGUCUAUCAGGUUGUACGUGAGCUUAUUGAUGCUAUCCAGUCAAUCUGCCGUUUUAUUCCAGCUGUUACUCCUAGUCAUUUCAUUUUCUAUAUUUAACCAGGUUUAAAAAAAAUCAUUGAGAUAUCUCGUUAGCAAGAGUGACCUGGCCGGGAAAGCAGCAACAAAUAACAUAACACACACAAGUUUACAUCAUCAGCACAAUACAAAGAGCACAACAAAGGACAAAACACACAGCUUGGUAAAAGUAGCUUACGUAAAUAUAUUUAGGGCAAAUUUACAUGACAAGGAGUUUAUACGUAAAAUUGCGUUUCAACUAAGUUUAAUGGAAAAUGCAAACAAAACAUUUAACUUAAGUGAAUCUUUACAUUAAAACUAGGCUAAGUUGUAACUUAAGCACAGCUGGUGCCGUCGGCCCCUGAAGGCCAAAAGUCCUGCAGAGUUUAGCUCCAACCCUAAUCAAACAAGUUAGUCAAGGUCUUUGGGAUUACUAGAAAAUUGCAAGAUAGUGAGUUUUCAAAACCACCUCAUGCGUUUGUUCGCUUUUUAUGACUCAUUGUAAACAGUCAAAUCUAAACGUAUUACCCUAAGCUUCCCGUGCCAUCCAUGGACUAUAAAAAUGAACUUUAGUGUUUCAUGAGUAUUUGACGAUUCACCAGAGGACUUCAAAACUCCACCAUGAGCAUUUCUAUAAAAUUUAGCAUUUGUUUUGGCGCAAAAUCUAGCGAACUGCCUUGAUUUAUUUUGCCAAAUGCCUUCUAAGACAGCAUGGAAGACGGUGCCUCUUAAGUGACCGAUUUGGAACGUUCUACAUGGGCAGAAUCUCACCAUUGAUUCUAAUACAGGGGGUGUUUCAUGCGCUAAAACUAAGAUGCAAACUGUCCAAUUAAGUGAGAUUUAACUAUGUUUUAAGCAAUCUUUUUGCUGUUAAACUAAUUAAAAGUAAUGCAAAAAAUAAAUGAUAGUUUGCUGCAAUGCAUCCUGGAAAUUUGCAUCUGCAAAAAAAUACAUGCUGCUUUAGAAUUUGGCCAAAACAUGGCAUCAUAGAAGGUUUUUUAGAUCAGAUUUUCAACCAAGAUCCUGUGAAUGCAUGGCGAAAGCACGCCUUUUAUGGAAGUAUUAUUUCUUGGACCGUUUUGUGCAGGUAAAGCCUUCAGAAUUUCAUUAAACAGAUUUGUAUUUGCAUGCAAUCGAUAUUUUAAGUUCACCUUUAAAGUCAUAUUUUCGGAAACGGUCGAGUGAAAACUGACUCCGCUAACGCUCGUCCAAUCGAGAACACCUGACAGUUUUUUUUUCUCCCCCCAAAAAGGCUGUCGGUUGCUAAGUGCUUUAAGAUGCGCAAGACCGCCGCCACUUUUCACGUCCAAAUGGAAGUGGCCGGAAGAGUUUGGUUUCUGCUCUCCCAGAAGAGACAGCUCAGAGCGGGAACUAAUGGAGUGCUGGGGUAUUUUUACUAGAUGUUGGCUCAAAGCGUCCUUUCAGUGGGGUGCUGUAAUGGCACCUGAUGAAUGUUUUGCGCAGAGGUCCUGUUUUAUGUUCUAGUGGGAAUUGUUUUGAGAUAUGAAACGAACCGACCCAGUUAAUAUACAGAAAACUACACAUUUACUGUGUCUGAUAUUUAAAUGAACUUACAAAUUCAUGCACUCGUCAGAGUUUUAUUCAAACCUGCA